AUCGAAAGCUUUGGACGGAUAACAAAGGAAAUAUGCCGCUUCCCUUCGUUUUUCAAUGGUCCUCUGUAUCAACGCAUUUUAGAUCUCUGGAAUGCUGAUCACCAUACUCACGCACCGAUCCUCUGUGUCUCCUUCGCCAUGCUGGAAUGGUUCUGGAUGACGCAAAUGGAGCCAUACGAUGAAAUUGAUCGCUUUUUCAACCUAAUCAAAGCACCAGAUCGAGACUAUAUUAUUCGGGAUGAUUUUUUGCCGUUUACCAAAGCGCUGUUGGCCGAUCAUCCGGGCCUCGAAUUUCUCAGCAGUCAUCAAGAGUUUCAAGAAAAAUACGCAAUUACGGUGAUAACACGCAUCUUUUACGUCGUCAACCGAUCGCACUCGGGCCGAAUUACCUCGCGGCAAAUUCGACGAUCUGACCUACUCGAAGCUUUUCAGCAAGUCGACGAGGAAGAAGAUAUCAACAAGGUCACUCGAUACUUUUCGUACGAGCAUUUUUACGUUUUGUACUGUCGCUUUUGGGAGCUGGACCACGAUCGCGACUAUCGCAUCACGAGAGAAGAUCUGCUAAAGUACGGCGAUCAUUCAUUGUCCCACAUGAUCGUGGAUCGCAUAUUUGAAGCCGCUCCGCGGCCUUUUGAGAACGAUAAGGUCAACCGAGAGUUUAUUUCGUACGAAGACUUCAUUUAUUUCAUGCUGUCGGAAGAAGACAAGUCGAACGAGAUCAGUGUACGUUACUGGUUUACCUGUGUCGAUGUGGACGGUGACAGCAAACUGAACAAUAUGGAAAUGCGCAGUUUUUAUGCCGUCCAACUGCACCGAAUGCAGUGUAUGGGCCACGAAGUUGUCCCCUUCGAAGACAUGUUGUGUCAGAUGAUGGACAUGAUUAAACCGGCCAACACGGAUCACGUUGUGGCCGAAGAUUUUCUGCAGCCCGAGUGUAAGAAUGUAUCCGGCGCUCUCUUUGACGCCUUGUUUAAUCUCAACAAAUACCUCAUGUUUGAACAACGUGAUCCGUUUGCUGAGCGACAGAAACGGGAGGAUGAAUUUGAGUGCGAUUGGGAUCGUUUUGCCUGCAUGGACUACAACCGACUGGCGAUGGAGGAAGAAGUUCGUGAA